CUUGAAAGAACAAGCGAGGAUAAUUCUUGUUAUUUCGAUAACAAUAAGAAAGGAUAAUACUUGUGAUUGAAUCUAUUGAAUCUUAUUGAAGAGAUAUUUUUAUUCGUAAAAAAUGAUUAAAUUUAAAGUUUCCGCACCAGGUAAAAUGAUAUUAUGUGGAGAACACGUGAUGAUGUAUGGAAAACAUGUUGUGGCAGCCAGCCUAGAUCUUCGUACCACCCUUAAAUUCAUUGAAUUAAUUGAUGAUCCAAGAAACAUUAUUAAGAUUGAGUUCCCUGAUGUCAAUCUAUCAUUGAACUUAUCUUUGGAAUUAAUUCUAAAUUUCUUUUUUACUGAUAAUUUCCUUCCUCUGAUUGAAGAUGAUAUUGAAUUGUAUAAGUAUGUGCAAUAUUUUAUCACCUUAAACGGUUUAUGGAGAACAUAUCAGCAGAGAUAUAGUUUGCAAAUAUUUCUUUUCCUGUUUCUUCACAUUGCUCAUCAAGAGCAACUCGAUAUAAAAUCUUUUCACGUGCACUUGGCUACACAAUUACCUAUUAAUGCUGGUUUUGGCAGUUCGACCUCGUUCGCGAUAUGUCUCGCGGCAUGCUUUCUACAUUGGUCAUAUUUGCAGAAGGGUACUCACAAUGAUUUUGAUGACUAUGAAUUAGAAAAAAUCAUGUUAUAUGUUACGACCUGUGAAAAAAUUGUACCGAACUAUAUGUUUGGAAUUGAUAAUAAUGUGUGCAUAUAUGGCCAAGUAUUGAAAGCUCAGUAUCAAAAUCCAUUAAAUUGUAAUGUUAAAUUAUUGCAAGUGCCGAGAAUUAAAAUUUUAUUGAUUGAUUCGAGAAUUCGUCAGAAUAAAUUCGAACAGAUGAUGCGAAUGGCACAAAUGAAACGUUCUGAUCCCGACGAGAGCGAUUAUUUUUUGCGUACAAUCGACAAAAUAUCGAAACGAACCUGCACCAGACUUGUAGCAAUUAAUAAUAGCCAGAAUAAUAACAAUUUGCAACAAUUAUACGACUCGUACAGAUUGUUAGGAAUUUCCAUUUUGUCGAAUCAAACUAUACUUUAUAGAUCAGGUUUAUCACAUCCUGAGUUAGAUACUAUAUGUUUAAUUGCGAGAAAUUAUGGAUUCGUGGGAAAACUCACAGGUUUUGAUGGAUAUGCAUAUAUCCCGUUACCACCGAAUACUCCAAGAGAAAACAUCAUAAAUAUUUCGAGACAUUUAAUAAUGGAAGGUUUUACUGUUAGAAUGACUAGCGUAAGUUGUAAUGGUGUGAAACUUGACGAGGUAUAGAAUAA